AUGAAAAUUAAUGUAAGUCAGUUAAAAUCAAUAAUCAAUGCUUCUCCUAUGGAAGACUCUGUCGUUGAAAGUAGUAUACAGGAUAUCAAUCCAUAUGUUAGGCUUACAUAUAGUACAUUAAGGAAUAAAUAUACUGAUGAUGUUAUGAGGGAGAGAUGUUGUAAUGCUAUAAAUUUUUACUUGAAUUUAUUGAUUGAAGCUGUUAAUUUAUCGAAAAUAUUUGUAGAAAAAAAGAGUGCUAAGAUAGAAACCUUCAUUGAGGAAUACUGGAACGGAAAAAUUAAUAUUGAUAAUUAUACAUGCGAAAGAAAAAAGGAUAUCUAUAAAUCUAUUGUAAAUUGUUUAUUACAAAAAUUACAAGGUGAUGAUUAUAAUCAAUAUAAAUCACAGAUUAACAUAGAUGACGAGGCCCGUAAAAUAAUAUGGCACAAAAUAAUUCAGGCGGAAAAAAACUGUAUGAAAAUAAUAAUAUAA